AUGCCUUACCGUGCACCCGAACUGUUCGACUGUCAGAUCGGCUCCGCCAUCACGGAAGCGGCCGACCUUUGGUCUCUCGGCUGCUGCCUCUACGCGCUGUGCUACUUUGUAUCGCCCUUCGAUCUCGUCUAUGAAAAAGGGAACAGCGUCGCGUUAGCUGCACAAAGUCCCGAGAAGAUACAGUAUCCCGACGUGAAGCAAUUCGACCCUCUGCUGGUCAGCGUGAUGCGUGGUCUUCUCGUUGUCGAUCCCACCCGACGGAUGUCCAUCGAAGAAGCCGCGGACGUGGUGGGGUCGGUAGAAACGAAGCGUAAGGAUGGACAGAAUGUGAUGGCUGUGUAG